AUGAAAUUAUCCGUAUUGCUUGCAUUGGCAACAGCCACUGCUUUUCCUUUGAGCUUCUCUCAAUGGACCAAUUCCGAGUCUGUUUCGGUGAGUGGCGAAGAUGUUAGAUUGCUCAAGUUAGGGGAAAACGACUACCAAAUUGCUUCUGAAGAAGACAAGUUAAACCUCAGAAGACAGAACAUCAACUUUAUUGAUGUAACUAACCACAUUUCGGUUGAAGAUGCUUUGGAAAAGGGAUUGGUUGGAAACAACAAGGUCAGCUGGUUCCACAGAAUUAUGAACUCAAAGCAAGUAAGCUCCAAAAAGGUGUUCCCAGUAUACAACUACCCUACUGAAGUCAAGCACGAGAAAAAAGUGAGGGAUUUGUUCGGAGAAAUUGACGUGACUAGAUUGCAAUCCAACUUGGCCGAGUUCACCUCCUUUUACACCCGGUACUACAAGUCGGAGACCGGUGUUGAAAGUGCCAAUUGGUUACACGACAAGAUUUCUGAAAUCGUUCUGAGCGUGGAUGAUAAGGUCACCAUCACCAAAGUGCAACAUGAUGGAUGGGACCAAUACAGUAUUGUCGUUUCCAUCCCUGGUGAAGUCACCGAUAAAGUUAUUCUUGGUGCCCACCAAGACUCCAUCAACCUUUUGUUGCCAAACUUAUUGAAGGCCCCAGGUGCAGACGAUGAUGGAUCUGGAACUGUAACGGUUUUGGAGGCCCUCAAUAUUCUUGUUGGUCAAUACGCCGAAGGUUCAUUCAAGCCAUACAACACUUUAGAAUUCCACUUUUACUCUGCUGAAGAAGGUGGUUUACUUGGUUCUUAUGAUGUUUUCUCUAGAUACGACGCAACCAAUGAAACUGUCGUCGGUAUGUUGCAACAAGACAUGACUGGUUCCACCGAAGCUAGUAUUGCCAAGGGCGUUGAGCCUCACUUUGGUUUGAUUACCGACUAUGUUGCUCCUUCGAUUACUGAAUUUCUCAAGUUGAUCAUUGAUAAUUACAACGACAUCCCUUACCACGAGACUGCUUGUGGUUACGCAUGUUCUGAUCACGCUUCUGCCUUUGAAUUCGGAUACCCAUCUGGCUUUUUGAUCGAAAGUGAAUUCGAAUACAUUUCGAAGUAUGUUCACACAGUUCUUGACACUGUUGACAGAAUUGACUUUGACCACGUCACUGAACAUGUCAAGUUGAGUAUCGCUUUUGCUUAUGAAUUGAGUUUAGCCAAAAAGUUACAUUAA